AUGUACUGCAUCUGCCGGCUUACAACGCAAGCAACAAUGGAGUCUUUUACUUGACAAAGUCAACCCAUCCAGAUUUCAUCCCCUUUCUUCACCUUCACCAUCAUCAUCCUCCUCCUUCUCUCCUACUUCACUUUGUUGCUUUGUUUCUUCAUGGCCGUACAAUGGCUUUUGGUGUGCCAUGGCCUGGUAACCCUCUUGGUCGUCGUAUCUUUUCUUUGCGGUCAGUGGCCCAUAUUUCAAGGCACUUUCAUCCAACGCAUUCACAACUUCCUUACUUUCGGUGCUUUCGAUUACUUUCGGCGAUUUGUUGAGUUCGUGUUUGGCUCUAGAGGUAGCAAUGCACUCUAUCUUGCUCAGUACUACUGCUGUGAUCGACCUAACCCCAUCUUACAGAUUCAUGGGGGUCUAGCCGUCUAGCUGUGGAUGCUCAAGGGGAACUGAUUUAAGAUACAAGUAGGUGCCAGAGAGAGAUAUUCAAAAUUAGGGGAGAUGAAAUGGAGGCAUCAAGUCAAUCAAUUGGGAAGGGAAGAGGCGAUGUACUUGGCGAUAGUUGGUGGUACUUAUUACUUGAUCGUGUACUCAAUUUUUAAUUAUAUUCCUGGUCAUUAUAUAGGUGGAUAUCACAGAUACACAAGCUUGUUGGCUGUCAGUGUGGGCAUUUUACUUUUUCUAUUGACUAGUUUCUCUGAUCCAGGAACUAUCAAUCCCGAGAAUGUAUCUAAAUAUCUCUCUGUAUAUCCCUAUGACAACAUAAUUUAUUCUGAAAAAGAAUGCUCGACCUGCAAAAUCCUAAAACCUGCUCGGUCAAAGCAUUGCAGCAUAUGUGAUCGUUGUGUUGCUCGGUUCGACCAUCACUGUGGAUGGAUGAAUAAUUGCAUUGGGGAGAAAAACACGCUGUACUUCGUAAUGUUUCUUCUCUGGCAUUUCUUUCUUUGUGUAUAUGGAACAGUUGCAAUUGGUCUAGUUCUUGCUGGUCGAUUGAAAGAAUUAGAAGUUGUAUAUAUUUUAACAGCAUAUUAUGGCAUAGAAGAUUCAUUCCGGAGUUUGGCUCCACAUGUUGUACAGUGGUUGCUGGGCUCUUACAACACUCAGAUACUUCUAAUGGUGUUCCUGGCCAUAGUUUCUCUGCUUCUAUCAGGUUUCUUUGGGUACCAUGCAAGCCUUUGUCUCAGCAACACUACUACUAAUGAGACCUUCAAAUGGCAAGACUAUUUAAGCUGGCAAAGGAAGGUGAAAGAAGCCAAGGCAAGUGCAGAAGCACUAAAAGCUAGUUUAGGUGAUUUGAGCCAAGAGAGAAAGCCUCCAGAGAGCAAAUGGAAAUCUUUCUUUAGAAGAUCACAUCUCGAAGACGUGGAGAUCGUCAAGAACAACAUUUAUGAUCGAGGCUUUUUCCAAAAUCUUUACGAGAUCAUUUAUCCGCUUUCUUCACGACCCUCGUUUUCAACGCAUAAUAAUAAACUUAAAACGGGGUAAAGAUGGAUGUUUCGUGUUUGGUUGAUUAGCAAAUGUAAUCCAGUUUAGUUUAGUUUAGUUUAUGAUUGUUGUUUGUGUUUAGCAAAAAGUGUCUUCUGUAACAUCCAGUGUUUUUGUGUAGGAGAGAACCACAAUCUUAAAAUUCCUUCAAUAAGUUUUCAAAACCAUGAAACAUUCUC